AGGGGUUAAAGAGAGUAAAGCGGGGAAAGUGAAUCAGUAUGGAAGAAAAUGAUCACGGCAACAGAGACGUGGUGGAGCGGCAGGAGUCGGCGGAUGAAUCAAACAGAGCCAUCCUUCCCCUGUUACAGGCGCCGGGGAACCUGCAGAUCCCUCACCGGGUCACCAAUUUCUUCAUCGACAACAUCCUGCGGCCGGAUUUCGGACGGAAAAAGGAUGGGGGCGAAAACCACGAAGAGAGUAGCCUGGCAUUGCGGGAGAGCCACAACAGCCCCGACGCCCCUCAGACCGAGCCGGUGGGGAACACGGUGCCGGCGGAGGGGACCUCCACUCCACACACAGUUACCGGGAGCAAGAAGCCCGCUAUAGCCGCCGAGGAGCCCCUGAAACCCCGCAGGGAGAGUGAAGACCAGUGCCUAAGCUCAGACUCUGACAGUUCCGAAGCCAGCUCAACCCCAUCCCAGUCUAAACCCAUGCUGUGGCCAGCCUGGGUCUACUGCACCAGAUACUCGGACAGGCCUUCUUCAGGGCCAAGAUCUCGCAAACCAAAGAAGAAAAUGACCAGCAGCAAAGAGGACAAGCGACCACGGACGGCCUUCACAGCAGAACAGCUGCAAAGACUAAAAUCGGAGUUUCAGACAAAUCGCUAUCUGACCGAGCAGAGGCGGCAGCACUUGGCCCAGGAGCUGGGCUUGAACGAGUCCCAGAUCAAGAUCUGGUUUCAGAACAAGAGGGCCAAAAUCAAGAAGGCCACCGGCGCUAAAAACUCUCUGGCCUUGCACCUGAUGGCACAGGGACUGUACAAUCACGCCACCGUCACGUCGAAAGACGAAAAAUCAGACAGCGAUUGAUUUCCAGAGAAGUCACAGCAGCCUCCUGACGAAAAAGAACCUAUAGUAAUCCUAUGAUAGAUUUGUAUAGAGAUAUCACUGCAAAACUCUACCUACAGGAAUAUUUAAAGAUACCACAGCAGAUAAAAUACCACAAAGUUCUAUCACUAUAACGCUGACCCACUACAGGAAAAAUAAUUAUAAUAAGGAUUGGACUACUCAGAGUCCCUACAGGAUUAUUGAAUGAUACCAUAAGUCUCUAUAGGUUCCUAUAGGAAUAUUAUAGUGAUUUUUCGUUAUAUGGGAGGUUUUGUCAAGCCUACAAUGCAAUAAUUUCAUCGAAUAAAGGGCCAGUGUAGAGUAUACCAGCAUAAAUUGUUUAAAAAAAAAAGAAGAGAGAUAUUUCUGCAAUAUCACGUCUAUAAAAGAUGUUGUAUAAAGGUAUGUUUUCAUUGUUUGUCGUCCCCGCCCCCCCCCCCCCAGGAGGUACACAUGCUUACACCCAUCAUUUUUCUAUAGGCCUACUGCUAUCCAUGAUUGUCGUCAUUUUACAUUGAACUAACUGGCACUUGACGUUUCGAUCUGUCAGUGAAGUGAGCAAACUGAAGUCCAAAGAAUAUUUUUCUGCUGCAUCCAGGCUACUGUGAAUUUAAAUAAAUGCUAACACGAGUUUUAUUUCCAUGCUUGUUGGGUUUCCUUGGUUGUGUUUUAAUGUAAAAACGGACAGGAGGAAGGUGUUUUUUGAGUGUCAGUUGCAGACCUAAUUGGGCAGACAAUGAAUUUUGAUACGUUUUUUAAAAGAAAGAAAAAAAAAUCACAGGAACAGUUUAUUAUUAUCAGUGACUGAAAGGUAGCGAGUCUUUUCUAACACGCCACUUAACUAAAAUGCUAAGUUAGGCCUUGCUUAGGCUAUAUGUGUGUGGUCGUCUCAUAGCCUUUAAACACAUAGUAUGUGCGUAUUCCCUUCGUUAUACCAAUGCAUCAGUGCAGCUAUUAUAGUUUUUAACCAGCAAUAUAAAUCAUUUUUUUGUAGCUAACUGAUUUGAAGGCUAUAAUGCUGCCUAUAAAGUCACAGAACAACUCUGUAGCAUAAAGACAAUGAUGACAACCAUUCUGCGCACUCUUGAGUAUAGACUAUACAAGCAGGUUAUUGGAUGUUCUUGUUAAAUCUUUCUCUAUAUACAGUUUUAUUACAUAUUCAUUUAUCAUAAAAAGGCAAAUCCGUCAUUGACUGUAUUGCAAAUGUUGGAAAUCUCUUAUCGUUGUUGAAAGGACUUCAUAUGUGUAUUUAUAUAGAUUAUAUUGAGAAAAAAAAUCUAUCCAAUGACCAGUGUUGCUUUAGAGUAGAUAUCUGAGGUGUUUACACUGCUUGUUUAUCUUGCAAUAACUUCUUUUUGUUUCCCUUUUUUGUGAAUGAAAAUAGUUUAUGGGGCCUUUUGCAUGAAAGCUGCAAUUUGUUGUACUUGGGCAAAUAACUGUGUUUAUAAACUUUGGUCUUCAUCGACAGAAGUAUGAUCGAGCUAAGUUUUAGACUGUAUCCAUACCAAAUUGUGGACUUUUUGCCUUUCAAAGUGUUUUUGUUGUGUAUCUGCAAAAAGUGUGUGUGAAUUAAAAUCCACCAAACAGAAACACACUUUGCCUUAAAGUUCAAGUGUGAACUUUUUAUGAAACAGAACUGUGCCGAAUCAGAGAAGCAGUAUUACUUCAAAUGCAGACUAUUCAAGUUUAAUGCCUUUAUGAAAACUGCUGGUACGACAUUAUGAAUUUACUCAUCAGCGUAUAUCUAUCUAUAUAUGAACAUGUUUAAAUAAAAUUACAACACAGAGUUGUAGAAUACAAUGCUAUUUUUUAUUUUAUGUUGGAAGUAUUCUUUGGUAUAAAUGUACAUAAUUUGUAUCAUGUAUUAAUUGUGUGAUUAACUGCCUCCCGAAAACUGCAAAAGAAGAGUAAAUAAACCUUGAAGAUUAUACACAAACAAGUUUCUAGCAUCUUUAUGGGAUAAAUAUUGCCAUUAAAACACAGAAAAAUAAAUAACUGAGGCCUGGCUGAAGCAAUACGUGUGACCUCCAAUCAAUGCUGAGCUUCUGCAGCCAUUGUAAUCUAGAAACAAACAAAUGCAUGUAUAGCUUAAAUUGUGUUUAAAAGACAAUAUACAUACAGAAAUAGUUAUAAAUAAAUGUUUCCAGAUGACAGAUAUUCACAAAUGUAAUCACAAAUAUUAUUAAUUUCUUAUAGCAUGACAAUCCUUUCCAUGCAAACACCCACACAUUCAAUGGGCGGUUCUGCAUCACAUUCAUAGAGGAUCAAAUUCACGGGUUUUGAGAUUAAAACAUUUGCGAAAGCAUCCAAACAUUAUGCAAGGGAAAGCCUUGAACAAU